CAUGGAUAAAAUUUUGAUUAUCUUCGGAGCAUCAGGAAAUUUGUGCAGAACAAAAAUUUUGCCUUCUAUCCUGAAAGAGAGGCUUUACGAAGGGUGCGAAAUUAUUUUGUACUCGCGAAACAUAGACUGCGAUUUUUUGCAGGCAUUGGCGAAAGAGAAUGAUGAAAAGAACAUAAAAGUUGUGCAGGGAGAGUACACAGAUGUGGAAAAAAUAACAAAAAUGGUAGAUAACAAGAAAUUGGCGCUCUUCUAUUUGUGUAUACCUUCGCACAGGCACCAUUCCAUCGUUCAAUGCCUGAACGGCCUGGACAGAGAGGUGGUCGUUGCUCUGGAGAAGCCGUUUUUCACAUGUUUGAAAGAGGUGGAGGAUGCGCAGCAUUUUAAGAAUGUGAAGUUCAGGUUUAUCGACCAUUAUCUGCUUAAACCGCUUAUUUUGGCGUUCCCGCGUUUUGAGCACAGGGUUAAGCCGCUAUUAGAAAAUGUGACCGGUGUUGAACUCUUUUCACUAGAAAGCACGUUGGCCGGCGAUCGCGUAGCAUUCGACAAGGACGGUAUCUUCAAGGACAUGGUAUUCACACACCUGUUCAGCGUGUACGAGCAUAUUUUUGGGAACGGCUCCCUGAAGGACCUCACAUUCAAAGACCUGCACCUGAAAGGACAGUACAAUGAUUACGAGUUCAAGGGAUCGCACACCGAAACGUUCUCAUUCUCUGUCUUUGAGCACAAAAACGGAUACAACGUCCUUUUCAUCGCGGGCAAAGGGCUGAAGAACAAGGAAACCACCGUAAAAGUGCUGAGCACAGACAACAACGUAACAUUUGACAUCUACCCCGGCAAAAACGUUGUAUCACAGGACAGCGUGCUUGUAGAUACCACGAUGGUUGAGAAGUACGUCAAAGACACGUAUGUUCAUGAUGAUUAUGACCUUGUUCUGUGUUCUCUGGUGGCAGGUAAAGAAUUCAACACAGUGCCCGUUGAUAGAAUCAAAGAGAUGUACCGACUCCUGGAGGAGGUCAACACGGCACGUACAUCCCUUUUUUUCUACGAAAAGGGAACUGAGCUACCGGAGCAAGUCUAUAGUUUCCUAUAGCCUGGUCAUUAAAUCCUA